AUGUCAUCGACAGCAGCUGGGUUCAGAAGCCUUGACAGGAUGGCACCGGACCUUGCGGUCAAUCCUUCGUUGUUGGGGAGGGUGCGGCUGGAGAAGUCUGUGCACGAACCACGAGCUGAUGCAGCAGAUGCAAUCGUGGAUAAAGACAUGGAGACCCUCGCAGACAUGCUUGGAGACUCCGAAUUGGUGGAGCGCUUCCGUUCCUGGUCGAUGUCUUGGAAAAUGGUUCGGACGUUGAGGCUGUUGGCAGAGCAAGCUGCGAGAUGCAUUGAUUAUGCUGCUUUGGGUCACGGCUUUCCUCCUCAACAUCCAGUGGAUCGUCUUACGUACCGAGAGGGCAAGCACUCUUCCUUCGAGAAGUCUCAGCAACGCUCGAAUGAGUCCGCAGAAGCAGUGCGAAAGCUUUGCAAGACUCGCCCAAGCGAGGAUGCAAUUUGCUCCCAAUUUGUUCGCGAGAUUGGCUGUCAAACAGAGAGUAUUGGACCUGUAUCGAUGGACGGUGUCCUAUUGGCGCUUGAGAACGAGCUGUUGCUCCCCCUACGCUCUUUGAACGAAGGGCGGCAGUGGAUGUACCAGACACUGUCCAAGGCGCCACUUCCGACGGCAGAGAUCGAUCGGGUGGUGCAGGAGAUCACGCAAAGUGUGCUCGAGAACAAGUACAAGUUCUGGCGCUACAACAACCCCGUGGGUCAACGCCAGCUGGAAGGUCUCUCUCAGAACCAGCUUGACAUCUGGCAGGAAGCGUCCUGCGGCUGGGUGAAGCUAGAGUCCGGCACCAUCAAAAUCCACGAGGAUGAGGACAACGAGCUGGGCUUGUUCUGGGCCACCAAAAUCGGGGGCCCAUCGCAUGGUUUUGAUGUGGAGGCUCAGUGCCACUUGCCCCUGCUUGCCAAUGCGAGAUCCAAAGUGAUUCUUGUCAGCGAUCCAAGCUACCCGCAUCAUCCAGUGGGUCGUGCCCAUUUCAAGAUGCUUUGGACUGCGAAGAACCAGCCGCUGCUUUGGCUGGAGAAGGUCAACAAAGACUUCCGUGCUGAUGUCGACACAGGACUUUGGUCGGCUGCGGUGCUAAUGCAUGCAGCGAAGAAGGCCAAGGUCAUGGGAGUCGCGCUAUUUUGCGAUCCGUCGGUGAGUACCGUCCUGGCCAGUGUGGCGGCCAGCCUUGACCAAUCGCCUGUGGUCGUCCAGGUGCAGGAGAGGAUUGUUCUCCGGCCCUCAAACGGUGUCACGGAAGCAUCCGACUACUUGACGAACAAGCAUGAUUGGCUCCAGUGCGAGGAGGAAGUGACCGGCGCUGUGCUUCGCGCGGUGUAUGUGCCACCAGGUGCGGAGAUGCCAGAUGCAGAGCCGGAAGCACGCUCGAUCCGCCGAUCCGCCAUAGCUGCCAUAGCCGUUCUCGGUGUCAACUGCGUGGAGUGCACACGCCGGUUUGCUCUUCUUUGUGUCCUUGCUUCACGGGGUGUGGAGAGUGCUACGUGCUCGCUGGGCCGAGAUUCAAGGGCAUCGAUCAAUAUGGGGCAGCAUGGCGACACCAUGAAGCCACCACUUCUGAAGUACACCAAUCUGCGCGACUAUCAACGGCAGCAUCUGGAUGACGACAAGGAGUCUCUUGAAUACAUGAUGUCCGAACACCUGCGUAUGGGGGGCGUCUACUGGGGUGUUAGUGCGAUGGCACUCCUGCGACGGCUGGACAAUGAGAGGCGAGACAGCAUUGUAGAAUGGAUCCUGAGGUGUCGAGACCCCAAAACACCCGGAGGUUUCGGGCCGAACGUGGGACACGAUGCCGACAUCACGGCAACCCAUUAUGCUUUGCUUGUCCUUUGCAUUUUCGACGCCACGGACAAGUUGGACAGAGAAGGCGUGGUCGCUUUCAUUGCUGGUCUGCAACAGAGUGACGGCUCGUUUGCUGGGGAUCACUGGGGUGAGGUUGAUGUGAGGUUUGCAUACUGCGCUCUUUCUGCGCUAACGAUUCUGGAUGCCCUCGAUAGCAUCGAUGUGGAUGCUUGUGUCGGAUGGAUUCUGCGCUGCAUGAACUAUGAAGGUUCCUUUGGGCCGGUGCCGCGUGCGGAGUCUCAUGCGGCAUACGUUUUCUGCGCUGUGCAGGCACUGGCCCUUGUUGAUGCCCUUGGUGCGAUCGAUGUCGACCAGCUUGGUUGGUGGCUAUGCGAGCGGCAGACUCCCAGCGGUGGCUUCAAUGGUCGGCCUGAGAAGGCUCCUGAUGUAUGUUACAGCUGGUGGAUCCUCUCAGCGCUGGCUACGAUCGACCGGGUGCACUGGAUUGAUGUGGAGAAGCUGGCCGACUUCAUCAUUGCUGCGCAAGACGGGGAGGAUGGUGGCAUUGCCGAUCGUCCUGGUGAUGUGCCAGACGUCUUCCACACCUUCUUCGGACUUGCCGGGCUGUCCCUGAUGAGGCGGGUGGACCUGGCUCCCAUCCAUUGCGUUUAUGCACUCCCGCUGGAGGUUGUAGAAAGGAUGAAGCUUCCCCCCAUCUUGCCGAUGUACGACAGCAGGUGA